AUGCGGGACCAUCUGGUUCAUUCUUCAACAUUCGACAUAGGAGAAUUUAUUCGUGAAUGUGUAAACGACACUACGUUCAAGUGCCUUCGUUAUCUGAAUAUUGGAGGACAUGACAAAAUGACCAAUUGCGCAAGAAUUGCUCAAUUCUCUGCCUUGGAAAGCCUUUCCCUUUCCGGACGCCCUGUAUGUCAAACCGCACUGAAGGUUGUGCGUGAUCUUCCGAAUCUGAAGCUGCUUGAUAUCUCGAACACGCUUGUUGCCGACAUCUCAGCACUGAAUAAUAUGACGUAAGU